CGCAUCGACACCUGCAACGCCAACGCAGCUGGUGGAUGAGCUGCCUCUGGUAAUACCACGUCUGUCUCCUCUGGCAGUCAACUGUCAUCCCGACAAUACCCGAUAAUUAAUCAUAAUUCACCCCCACAGCAGCCAUGGCUGCCCCCGUCCUUCCUCUCCAACAAGUCAAGCUCCCAGCACUGCCUUCGACUCGCUUGACACCAGAGCAACAAUAUUGGAAGACAUUUAAGAAUCCCCUGCUAAUUCCUUCCCCCGCCAAUGGUCCCGUCAACCUAAUCACACAGCCUUCCGCCCCGUCGUCCGCCUCGGCCUUCCCUUCUCUCACCCAGCCUCCCGAUGUCUUCACCGUGACCACCGGCGCUCGAGUCCAGAUCUACUCUAUUCGCACCCGGAAACUUCUUCGCACGAUCACUCGCUUUGAUGACACCGUACGAGGCACCGACGUUCGCCCCGAUGGUCGUGUGCUUGUUGCUGGUGACGAUACCGGUACGCUUCAGGUGUUCGAUGCCAAUUCGCGCGCGAUCUUGAAGACAUGGAAGGAGCACAAGCAGCCCGUCUGGGUGAGCAAGUUCUCACACAGCGACCCGACCUCUCUUUUCUCGGCUAGCGACGACCGCACCGUUCGACUCUGGGAUCUUCCGAGCGAGAAUAGCGUCAAGACUUUCGUUGGACACACGGAUUAUGUGCGCAGCGGUGCAUUCAUGCCGGGGUCGCUGGCGUCUUCGGGGCUACUGGUGUCGGGUAGUUAUGAUAGGACUGUGCGGUUGUGGGAUCCACGUGUGGAGAGUCGGUCUGCGAUGACGUUUAAGAUGGGUGCUCCUAUUGAAAGCGUUCUGCCUAUGCCUGCGGGGACUACGGUGCUUGCGGCGGCAGAUAACAAGAUCGCUGUCUUGGAUAUUGUGGCUGGAAAGCCUUUGCAUAUGAUUCAGAGCCACCAGAAGACCGUCACGGCGUUGGCAUUGGCUUCGAAUGGCGAACGAUUGCUGAGUGGUGCUUUGGAUGGCCACAUGAAGGUGUUUGAGACGACUGGUUGGAACAUGGUUUCGGGAUCCAAGUACCCAUCGCCUAUUCUUUCUCUCCGCGCCAUCACCUCGGGGCCAGCCCAAGAGGAUAAACACGUUGCGGUCGGUAUGCAGUCCGGUCUGUUGUCGAUCAAGACUCGGCUCUCCGGGCAGCAGAAGAUCAAGGAGAAGGAGCGCAGGAAGGAAAUGCAGGCUUUGCUGGAAGGCAAGCUGGAGGAACAUGAUCGCAAAGUAGCCAAGCAAAAGAAGCUACGGGGCUCUGGCUGGGAAAAGCGCCUCCGUGGUCGCGACUUCAUUGGCGAGGGUGUGGAUAUUGUGAUUGAAGGUCAGGAUCGCAAGCGCAAGAAGGAACAAACUUGGGAGCACGACCUCCGCAAGGCCCGUUACUCAGCCGCCCUAGACCAAGUGCUGGCCUCGGGCGACAAGACCGCACAGCUGACUCUCCUGACCGCACUUCGUCACCGUUCCGCCCUCCGUGCAUCGUUACAAGGCCGUGACGAGGUGACCCUGCAGCCUGUACUGCAGUGGGUGUAUAAGAAUAUCAGCGAACCUCGGCUGGUGAAGCUUAGUGUCGAGGUGGGCAUGAACGUACUGGAUAUCUACUCUGGGAACCUUGGUCAGUCGGCACAAAUCGAUAAGAUGGUUGACCGGUUGCACCGACGUGUGCGCGACGAGGUUGAAAUGGCUCACCAAGCAUGCCAGACCAAGGGUAUGCUCGAUAUGCUGAAGGCGGCCUAAUCGAGCGACCGCUAAAAUGAAAUAAAACUAAAUGCCCGGCAUACAAAAGCAGAUGUUUGACUAGAUUUGUUGCAUUACUUGGAUACCUGGUUGGAGUUCGGGGUUUGGGAUCGCCCAACUGUAUCAUGGCAAUAUAAAUGUAACUAGCGCAAUUGAUGAUAUUGACGUCCAUCACAAAUAAACCCACUACACCGGUAGCUAUUGAAUCAUCGAUACAACUUGGAGAACCCCUCCCCGCUCUCCGGAGGCUGCAGCCAGUUCCUCUCAUCAUACUCCCAUCCAUCCGCACCCUCAAUGACAUGGAACGUAUACGCAAACCUGCUCCGCUCACUCGUAUUCCUCUCACUCUUGUGCAGAACAUUCCCAUGAAUCAAAACCAACGACCCAGCCUUCACUUCCAAGAUUUCCAAAUCCUCGUCCGUCGGCCCCUGUCCCUCCUCCUCAUCCUCUUCCAUCCCCCUCGGCAACGCAGCCCCCGUAUUCUCCACAAACUCCGUCCCAACCGCCCUCCC